AUGUCAGGUGUAUUGACAUUCCUGGCCAAGGCAGUGCCGCAGUUUGGCAGCCAUCAACAAGCCAGUGAUGGCCGUCCCAAGCCACUGCUCUACCCUCCCGGCUAUUUUACCCUAGGAGCCGUCGCCAUCUACCUGAAUCAUCGCUUUCGCCCCUUGUCUGCCCUUGAUGAGCCGUUUGCUGCGGCCCUCGGCCGCGCCGCAGCUGCACUACCUUUUCGCAACCUGCUGCGCGUGGAUCAGCGCUGGAUGAAGACCUUGGGUGUUGUCAGCAUUCUGACUGGUGUUUACUGCGCCAUGUCGGCCAGUGGACAGUUCAAGACACACGAGACGGACGUCGUGCCCUUUGAGAACGUUACGGCUCUGGUUCAAGAUGGCUGGUUUGAAGUGACGCGCAACCCCAUGUAUCUGGGGUUGACCACGACUCUGGUUGGAGGCAUGUUCUACUGUGGCCAAGUCUCGAGCUUGCUUGUGGUGGGGACUGUCUUUGUUAUCAUUGAUAAGUUCUUUGUACCGCGCGAGGAGGCCAUGAUGCGCUCCAUCUUUGGCCUUGCCUUUGACGACUACUGCGCCCGCGUGCCUCGCUGGCUCUAG